AUGUCCUCCACAGCCAUCGUCUCGGGCGACGACGCCCUGGACCCGUCGCUGCAGUCGAUCCUGGACCAGAAGUCGCUGCGGUGGAUCUUCGUGGGCGGCAAGGGCGGUGUGGGCAAGACGACGACGUCGUGCUCGCUGGCGAUCCAGCUCGCCAAGGUGCGGCGCUCGGUGCUGCUCAUCUCGACCGACCCGGCGCACAACCUGUCCGACGCCUUCAACCAGAAGUUCGGCAAGGAGGCCCGCCUCGUCGACGGCUUUGACAACCUCAGCGCCAUGGAGAUCGACCCCAACGGCAGCAUCCAGGACCUGAUGGCGGGCCAGGCCGGCGAGGACGUCGACGCCAUGAGCGGCGGCAUGGGCGGCAUGAUGCAGGAUCUCGCUUUCGCUAUUCCCGGUAUAGAUGAGGCCAUGUCCUUCGCUGAGGUCCUCAAGCAGGUCAAGUCCCUCUCCUACGAGACCAUCAUCUUCGACACGGCGCCGACCGGCCACACAUUGCGGUUCCUGCAGUUCCCCUCGGUGCUGGAGAAGGCGCUAGCCAAGAUCAGCCAGCUGUCGUCGCAGUACGGGCCCCUGCUGAACGGGUUCCUGGGAGCCAACGGCACGCUGCCCAACGGGCAGAACCUCAACGACAUGAUGGAGAAGCUCGAGGGCCUGCGGGCGACCAUCAGCGAGGUCAACACGCAGUUCAAGGACGAGAACCUGACGACGUUCGUGUGCGUGUGCAUCGCCGAGUUCCUGUCCCUGUACGAGACGGAGCGCAUGAUCCAGGAGCUGGCCAGCUACGGCAUCGACACGCACAGCAUCGUCGUCAACCAGCUGCUGUUCCCCAAGCAGGGCUCCAGCUGCGACCAGUGCAACGCCCGCCGCAAGAUGCAGAAGAAGUACCUCGACCAGAUCGAGGAGCUGUACGACGAGUUCAACGUCGUGCGCAUGCCCCUGCUUGUCGAGGAGGUCCGUGGCAAGGAGAGGCUGGAGAAGUUCAGCGAUAUGCUGGUGCACCCUUACGUGCCCCCGGAGUAG